AUGACGGCGCCCGAAGACGAGAUGGCUUCCCUUGCGAUCAGCUCGCAGUCUAAAGCCAUGCUGGCUAAGGUCCGGAAACUCGUACCGCCGCUCCUGGAACACUUCCACAAAGGCCAGCUAGGCCGCGUCGCAGUUAUCGGAGGCUCAGCAGACUACACAGGCGCGCCAUACUUCAGUGCUAUGGCGUCCGCUCGGCUAGGAUGUGAUCUCAGCUACGUCUUCUGUGAGCCCUCGGCGGCACCCACGAUCAAGAGCUACUCUCCCAAUCUUAUGGUCAGCCCUAUAUUGAGAUCUGUGCACUCUCUCAGCAAAGAGCAACAAGCAGAUCAGCCGGAUGGUCCCGCGCUUGCAGAACCGAUCAUCAGUAUGCUGCCCCGACUACAUGUGCUUGUGAUCGGACCAGGGCUGGGCAGAGAUGUGGUCACGCAGAAACAAGUGAAAGAAGUCAUAAAAGCAGCUAGGAAAAAUGAUCCUCCAUUGCCCAUGGUGUUGGACGCGGAUGCCUUGUGGCUGAUUCAGGAGGAACCAUCACUCAUUGAGGGCUACAAGGAGUGCAUACUGACUCCCAACGUGGUCGAGUUCGGGAGGUUGGCAAAGAAGCUCGGCGUAAAAACCGAUGGUGAUGCCUCGAAGGUGUGCCAAAGUCUUGCGGACAGGCUAGGUGGCGUGUGUAUCAUACAGAAGGGACCAGUUGACCAUAUCUCGCAAGGCCGGGAGACUACCACAUCCGACUUCGAAGGUGGCCUGAAACGCUCUGGUGGUCAGGGAGAUACGCUCACAGGUUCUCUCGGCACCUUCCUUGCUUGGAGACAGAUAUAUCAUGAGGGUCUGUGGGAUGUGGGCAAGGAGCCAAUGGACCGUGCCGAGACGUUGCUUGUCGCUGCAUUCGCUGGUAGCGCAAUCACACGCGAAUGUUCCAGACGGGCGUACAGGAAGAUGCAACGGAGUCUGCAAGCCAGCGAUCUCACCGAGGAAGUCCACGCCUCUUUCCUGGCGCUGGUUGGGGAGCCGGACAGCCAGAAGUCAAAUUUGUAA